AUGAAGGGCGUGAGGGGCAUGGCCGUGGUGAUGGCGCUGGCGCUGGCGCUGGCCGGCAUGGUGGCGACCUCGUCGGCGGCGGUCUACCAGGUCGGCGGCUCCUCCGGGUGGACCAUCCUCGGCAACGUCAACUACGCCGACUGGGCAGGGAAGCAGAGCUUCAAAGUGGGGGACGUCAUCGAGUUCAAGUACCCGCAGGGCAUCCACAACGUGCUGGAGGUGAACAAGGCGGACUACAGCAGCUGCACCAACUCUACGCCCAUCGCCACGCACACCUCCGGCGACGACAAGGUCACCAUCAAGAGCCCCGGCCACCGCUUCUUCAUCUGCGGCGUGCCGGGCCACUGCACCGCCGGCCAGAAGCUGAACGUCCGCGUGCUCAAGACACAGAAGGCCCGCUCCUCGGCCCCGUCCCCGUCCCCGGCGCCCUCCGCCACCGCGCCGGCGCCGGCCGCGGCGUCCCCGCGCGCCGGAGACACCAGCGGCAGCAGCGCCUCGACCCCUCCCGCCGCGGCGACGACGUCUGACGGAGGGUCAACGACGACCGCGCCCGCGCCGAACUCCAACGGCGCCGCCGUCGUCCGCGCGGGCUAUGCCGUGGCAUUGGCCAUGGCCGCGUCCAUGGCGAUGCUACAGUAG